GUUUGGCUCGUGGCGAUCCUCUGCUUGCUGACGACGCAGGUUCGCAGCCUCACUAAUGCCAACGUCUUCACGCAAAUCUCUCUGGUGUGCAUCUUCGGCAUGAUCAUCUGCAUGCUGGUAGCAGUUUUCGAGUACGACAUCGAGGACAAGAUUCCGGCUCGCUUGUUCGGCAACCCCGAGCCUGAUCUAAGCAUGAGGGUGGUGAGGGUGGCUAGCGGCUGCACGAUCAGUUCCUGGGCGUACGUGCCUGCUUUCCUCACCGUGGAGCUCAGUGCUUGCAUGGAGACGCCGGCAGAGUUCAAGAAGUCGCUGCUUUUCUCGGGAGGCCUCAACGUUCUGGUCUUCAUCAUCGUGGGCAGCAUAGUGGUGGCGCGGUGGGGCUUCGAAGUAGGCGAGGUUAUCAGCAUCACAGCAGGUGUCGGUGCCUGGGUGCCGGGGACAGAUGUGAACACAAUCUUCAGCUGCUUUAA